AUGGACAGAUAAUUUGUGAAAGUAUAAGCAAUUCAUUGGAUGUCAUUUUGUUACUCCGUUUAUUUCUACCUCGAAAGUAGGAAUACAAGUAAUUUAUUAUGUUUGGUAAUCCUAUGCUUGAUAUUCCCUAUUGUAUUACUAUUUCAUUAUGCUAAAUUGAGAGUGAAAAUCAUUGGAACUAUAUUCUGUAUUCAAAUAGAUUUGAUCUGUCUAAUAAUUCUGAAUUACGAAAACUUAAACCACGCUUCUUACGCUUAAUUAAUAAUAUGUUAAUACCUUUCAAAAGAUCUGAUUAAAUAAGUGAGGACAUAAAAUCAGCUUUUAAUAAACCCCAUGUUUUUCUAUUAUGGUUUAAUGAUCCUGGUAUGCGCAUUUUAGUAAAUAUAUUUACACACUGUGAGCAAGUUUGGCUUAGAGUAACCACAAUUAAUGUUGUGUUUAUUACUGUCCUUCUAACAGAAUGUGACAUUGAAAAAGAAAAACCAAAGUUAAUUGAAUACAACAAUUCCAAUUGAUGGCGGGCCUAUGCAGAAACUGGACAGCUUAGCCAAAAGAGUGGUUUCUGUGGCUGACAGUGAUAAAAAUUUUAUAUUAGAUCAAUCAAAGGAGAGCGCAAGAAUACUGUGCAAUAAUUUUAGCAAUAUUUAAUAACAUUAUAUCAAUUCAGAAAUUAUUUAUAAUUCUCUUGACUUUUUAUAAGAAGGCUUAAUAGUAUUGGAUAUAUAAGAUGAGAAGACUCAGUCUUACAAAAUACAGUAUGUAAAUAAUGCCACCAGAAUUCUAUUUGGUCGUGAAUAGGAAGGAGAGAUAUUGUAUAUCUUGGAGAGUUUAAAUACUCUGCAUAUUUAAGGUUAAGAUAUCUCAGAUGAUCCUAGUUCGAGAAGGGAAUCUGUUCAAUAACGAUUAUCGAACUUAUAACAUUCUCGCCUAUGCAAAUCUAUCUUUCUUUAGAAGGAACUGUUUUGUUCAGUGAAAUAGCCACUUUUAGACUUUUAAAUGUUUGAUAAAUAUCAAACUAUCAGUAUGAAAGACUUACUUGAAAGAAUGAUAUAAGCCAGGAGAACUGAUGUUAUAACAGUGAAUACUCAUUUUAGUGGAAGCAUAUCAUUAAACACAAAUAAAAAUAUAACAAUCUCUUAAUCUAAUGCAGGAGGUUAAUCCAGACAUGAAUAAAAUGAAAGAUUGAUGGAGUUCACUUUGACCCUUACUAAAGAUAGGAGCAUAUUAAUAAUUUGUAGAGAUGUAACACAUAGAUAAAAAAUAAGAUAUUUAAAGGAUUAUGAUAUUUAGAAAUCGAAGAUGCUAUCAUUUGUGAGUCACGAAUACCGGCAACCAUUAGGCUGCAUCAUACAGAUGAUCGAAUGUGUUCUCUUGAAUCCGAUCAUAAAAAGUAAUUAAGAAAUAGCUGAGAAUCUAUAAAUAGCUUUGGACAAUUCCAAAUAUAUGUUAAAUUUGUCCAAUGAUUUAUUGGAUUUGGCUUAAAUUAAGAAUGGCAAAUUCAAAAUAAAUAAGGUAUCUAUUAAUAUCGAGAAUUUAAUUAAAGAUUGCAUCAAAAUGUUUGCCUUGAAGGCUAGAUUGAAAGACCUUUAGUUAUUAACAGAAUUCAGUAACAAUAUCCCAAAGCUCAUAAUGUCAGACAAGAAUAGGUUGAAACAAAUCAUUGUGAAUCUAUUAAGCAAUGCAUUCAAAUUCACGUGUAGCAGAAUAGAAGUUAUCAUCUCGCUUUAGUCUGCUUUUUUGAGAAUUGGAGUUAGAGAUGAUGGCAUCGGGAUCAGUAAUGAGGAGCAAUAGAUGUUAUUUAAGGCAUUCUCUAAAGUUAAUUCAGAGGAAAGCAGAAAGUUAAAUGAACAAGGGGUUGGUUUGGGAUUAGUUAUCAGCAAUCAGAUUGCCUAAACUAUCGGAUGCACUGGGUUGAAUAUAGAAUCUAAAAAAGAUGAAGACAAUCAUUAUUCGUUCUUUUAUUUCGAUAUGCUAAUAGAAUUACCUGAAAAAAAAAAAGUGGCAAUCUUUAAAAUUCCUGAAGUCUAUCCUCUUUGUCAGGACGUUGAUGACAUUAUUACAUUGAACCAAGAGUAAUAGAAAAUAACUCAGGAUAUUAUUUCGUAUUGUACUCACUGUUUGAUUGUUGAUGAUGAAUGCUUUAAUGUUUAUGCCUUCAACAAAAUUUUAAAAGGAGUUCUGAAAAACAAUAACCAACAAAUUGAUGUAGAAUCUGCUCUUUCUGGAAAGGAGUCUAUAGAAAAAGUGAAAAACAAAAAGUGCAACAAUUCAUGCCAAGGAUACAAACUCAUAUUCAUGGAUGUAGAAAUGCCCAUUUUGAAUGGAAUUCAAACCACUAAAUAAAUACUGGCUCUCAAUCCUAGUUAGAUCGUUAUCGGCUGCAGUGGCUAUUCCGAUUACUAAGACAAAAAGAAGUGCUUAGAUGCAGGAAUGUCAGAUUAUAUCACAAAACCUGUAAGCGAAAUAGAACUUCAGGAAAUACUAAAGAGAUAUUUAUGA